AUGCUCUUUAGGGUUUUCGGACAUUACGCCACGAGGGACGACAAGCGGCGCGAUUUUGAGGAAGGGAGUGAAGCCUCUCAGCCCGGAGGGCACAGAACGUGCCGCCUCCGGAUCAUGGUCCUCAUCGCGGGGAUAAUGUGCUUUGGCGUGGCGCUUGUAGGGGUUGUUAGCUUUUUUCCCAUGUACUUCGUCACUUUCACCACAGCUUUGGAUGCAACCCGCAUGGUUCACUCGCAAGCCAUUAAUCUCUUCUUAACCGCAUCCAACACCUCUGCGAUGCAUCUACCGACCCUCAUCCACGCCAUCUCAGCUAAUUAUGUUCUCACGAUGAACAGCAGCAGUGAUUUUUUCCCUAAAGAAAAGGAACGACUUUUAUUUGCCUUGACAAAUGUCAUGUCGAAGAAGUUAUACCGCGAUAUUGUUGGCCACUUCAUGGUGGCGCUGGCGGGCCCGCCCGGGGAAGAGUGGGGAGUACUGGCAGCGUCGGGCUUUGAUAACGGCGAGAUUGGGGGCACCGUGAUGCAUGGGGGUUCGACCGCACCGCUCUACCGGAUUGACCCUGGGAAGGGCAGCUUUGCUUCACCUCUCCGCAGCCUCACCACAUAUAAUAUGAGUUUGUACCCUGCUUUGACUCAAAAGAAUGGGGCUUACAAGGCAAUUGUUGAACCAUGGAACGCAAGCAUGGCGGCGGGUGUCGCGUGGAAAAGGCGUUGGCUCACGAAAGGCACUAGUUUCUCAUGUAUGUAUUUUAAUUAUGUUCUGCCCUUUGCUGUAAAUAAGAGCCUUGGGUUCUGGGAAAUUGCUUUUAACGCGUCAGUAUUUGAUCAUUGGGCAGGACGGUCAUUGUCCAGAGCGUUGCGCAGCAACGGACGUUUUCUGCUGCUUGAUGCUAAACAGGAUGUUGUUGUGUUAAACAACUGGGGCCAGAAAUCAGCGAACAGGACCAGCAAAAGCGCUCAGCUUACGAUGCAUAUGUUCGACAGCCAUGCCAUCACCGACGCAUUGGUGCGGGAGGCGAUGGAGCACGUGCGCCGGCGCGGUGGAUUUGCGCAGCUUAUGAAAGACCGGGAUCAGAGUGAACUGUCAUUUCGUUACAACGGGGAUGAGGCGUACGCGCGCGUCUUGCGACUGACCGAUAGCGCCGGUUUGGAUGUGCUGAUGUUUACUAUUACCCUUCAGGCAGACUUCUUUAGUGAAAUUUACCGGUCGAGCACGUAUGUGGCUCUUGCGACGGGGCUUUCAGUCCUGAUGGUUGCAAUUCUUGCCAUGUUGAUCGCCUAUUUUCUAGUGAGACCCAUGCGAAGGCUCGUUCCGGAGUUGAAGCGUGCGGCAAACUUGCAAUUGCACGGACAAGACGACAAAAGCGACGUCUGGAAAAGGUCCAGAAUUGCCGAAGUUCGCGAAGUCCAAGACGCCUACGCUGAACUCACGCGCCAGCUCACCAUUCUGAAGACAUUUGUCCCUGGCGCCAUCCUCGCCUCGCCAAGCGUCAGCAGCAAGAGCAGCAGCUCCACCCACAAAGACCAUUCGUUUCCCUGGAGAAGGCGGGGGGUUCAGCAGCAUCCGCCUUCUCAGCUGCGGGACUCCCUGCUAAACACCCGAACCGAGUUGGACGUGAUGGAGCACAGCACCUUUUCAAAGGUGCGGCAGGAGAUGCGUCUUAACAGCCGCGUUUUCAAGGAACGGACCAACACGUUUGUCCGACGGUACUGCACUAUGGUGCUCAUUGAAAACGCCCAGCCCGCAUCGCUUGACACGUAUUUUAGUAACGUCCUCGCAUGUGCCACUGAACAAAAUGGAUGUCCGGAGUACUCGCGCCCGGAGGGGACACUCGUGAGUUUCGGCGCCCACUCACAACUUCCUAUGCACGCUAUAAAAGGCUGCCGUUUUGCGUUUGAGCUUUUUGCCAAACUAACGCCUCAGGAGAAGAAGACUAUAACCAUCUUUAUAGCCACAGAAGAAUUUCAUGUGGGGACUUGUGGGGCACAGUCUAAAAAUGCCCGUGUUGUGGUCGGUGUCAUGAAUCUGCGUGAAUUGGCAAAAGUGGCGAAUCGACUGGGCUGCCGCAUUGCAGCGACGUCUGGGACGGCGUCGCAGCUGCAGGGACAUCACGCAUACCCCGUUGAAUGCGUUCUGCCAUCAUCUUCAACAGAGGCAGUGGUGCUCUUCGAGCUUCGACCAGAAACAGCUGGUUUGCAGGCAAUGGGUACACCGAUGCACUUUCGACUUGGAUUUGCGGCAAUGCGUCAGGGAAAUUACAAGCAGGCCAUAUCGCAUUUCCGACGCGUUGGAAAGUCGGAUCCUCAGAGAAGGCGCCUCAUUCGGUUGUGUGCACGGCGCUGCGCCUUAAACGACAACACAAGUUACGUGAGAUUGGCAAGCGACAUCUUACAGGAAUGGGUGCCGGAUGUGAGUGUUACUGCAGCAAAUGAGUUGGGACCCACAAAUACGACGGAAUUCACGGAGGCUGCCCUUGGCAGGGCGCGAUCAAGCCACAAAUUCCUUACUUCGGCCCAGUCCAAAGCCUCCUCUCAUAGCAGGUGUCCUGAAAGCGAAUGUGGGGCCUUGUUUGAGGUAUUGGAAGUUAGCAGUUCUUCAUCCUCGGGGUCUUUCCAGGCAUGUGAGGAGGGCGGUAACGCCGCGGACGAUUUGCCGCUGUUCCUGACAGACAUGAAUCAGCGAGUAUGGACGAGGUCUCUGAAGAAGAUCAGCGAGGGCGCCUUCAGUUCCGUGUUCCUGGGAAUGUCGGAGGAUGGUGUGCAGGUGGCCAUCAAAUGCAUCCCGCGGCGGCGUCGCGACAUUAUGCAGGAAUCUCUAGAGGCGGAAAUGAACGUUGCUUCUAAGCUGCGCCACCCGAACAUUGUUCAGUAUGUGUCCUGCAGCGUGGUUCAAUCUCACCUUGCCAUUAUCAUGGAGUACGUGCCUGGCGGCUCGUUGCAUACUGUGAUCAAGAACUUUGGGCGGAUGAGUCCGUUAGUGGCACGUCGGUUUACG